AUGUGCAGACAGGUGAUGAGUGAGCUUCCCCUCGAACGAACUGAACCGGCCGCACCAUUUGAGUUUACGACACUGGACCUCUUUGGCCCCUAUGUCGUCAAAGAUGCUGUGAAACAAAGAACAAAGAUGAAAGUCUGGGGUGUGGUGUUCAGCUGUAUGGCUUCAAGAGCAGUGCAUGCAGACAUUGUGGAAGAUCUUUCAACAGAAGGUUUCCUGAAAGCAUACCAGCGCUUCACAGCUCUCAGGGGUCACCCAAGAAAACUCUGGUCGGAUCAAGGGACUAACUUUGUGGGCGCCAGGCCAGUAUUGCAGGAGCUUUAUGAGUUCCUAAGUAGUGUCAACAAGGAUCAGAUCCAGAAGAAGGCGGCAGCUGGAGGAACUGAUUGGACAUGGGUGUUUCAUCCGGCAGAUUCUCCCCACCGAAAUGGUGCGGCGGAAGCAGCCGUCCAUGUACUCAAGAGAGCGUUAAGCAGCGUUGGCGAAGGCGGUAACCUGACAACGCUGGAAUUCCAGACGCUCCUCUACCUGGCAGCUAACCUGUCGAACGAGAGACCGAUUGGUGCCAGGGCCCAGAUGCAAGACGAGGCAGUGGAAGUUAUCACUCCCAAUUCACUUCUGCUUGGUCGUGUGGGACCCAGCGGAGAUACCCGAGGGUUCGAGUAUCCUACCUACCCCGUCGUGCGUCUGAGGGCGAUCCAGAUCGAGGUCAACAAGUUCUGGACACGGUGGAGUCAGCUGGCAGGUCCGGGCCUCUUCGUCCGGCAGAAGUGGCACGCGCCUGCUAGGAACAUUGCAGCAGGGGACCUGGUGUGGUUAGCUGACCAGAACGCGUUGAGGGGCCGGUUCAGACUGGGUCGAGUCGUGGAGGCCUGCCCUGAUAUGAAGGGCGUAGUACGAGACGUGAAGAGACGUUAGGAGACUGGUGGUUCUGUUACCAGUGGAGGAGCAAGUGUAAG